AUGGCGGAUUGUCCAGAAGUGCUGGGGUUGAAGGUACUCUUUGAAGGCCAAGAUCCAUGUGUGGACAUCGUUGCAGUUCAUGGUCUGGGUGCCAGUCCGGACUGGGCAUGGAUCAGGAAAGUGAAAGACGGCGAUAAAGAAGUACAUGUCAAUUGGCUUGCAGACGAGAACAUGCUUCCCGCAAGACUUCCCGGUUCCCGAAUCAUGACUUUCAACUAUGAGUCGAAGUGGUUUUUGAAGGCUCCAAAGCAACGCCUUCCUCUAUGCGCUAUCCAGUUGCUGACGGCUUUGGACAAUCAACGCAAAGAGGAGAAGGAUACGAAAUACAGACCAUUGAUCUUCAUCGGCCAUAGCCUUGGUGGAGUAGUCAUUGAGCAGAGUUUGGUGACCGCAAACUCUCAUGGUGGCAGCUUUCAGUACCUUGCUGAGUCGACCGUGGGAUCAAUCUUUCUUGGUACUCCCCAUCGCGGUACCCCAGCUGGGAAAUGGGGAGAAAUUGCCGCCAAGACUGCAAAGGCUUUAGGGUUUGGAUCAGAGGAUAGUAUAUUGAAGGACCUUCGAGAAGGUGCAGAGAGCCUUAGAGAUCUCCUAUAUGAGUUCACUUUAUGGGCCAACAGAGCCCCACUCGAACUUGUCUGCUUUUUUGAGCAGCAUAAAACAGAUUAUGGAAAGAGGUAUGGUGUUACAUGGACGGAGCUGGUAAGGCGCCCAUGA